UACGGUAGAAAAUGCUUCGUUUUUCGCUGUACCGGUUGGUGGUGAUGCUGUGCGUCGGAAUCAUAACCUACACCGCGGUGCGAUGGUGCCACAUCCUCUUUGGCCGGGAACCAUCCGAUGGCAGACACUUUCAGCACACCUGCAACAUGACCGAGCUGUACCGGAACGAGCUCGAGCGUUUGUUCGAACGGGUGCACCGGUUGCUGGUCCAGCACGGCCUAACGCACUUCCUCUGCUACGGUACGCUCUGGGGGCAGAUACGUAUGGCGAAGAUGUUGCCCUGGCGCGAGAAGGCAGAGUUCUGUGUUCUUAACGACGAGCUGAUGCGCCACGAGGAGGCCCGGUUCAUACGCAAUUUCUACGCCAGCGAGCUACAGAUACACUACCUGCACGCGGAAGGCAUCUACAGGAUAUUCGCGAAGGAUGCGCCCGCACGGCACACGCAACCGUACGUGGAGCUGGUCGUUUUCCAGCUGGACGAAGUGCAAGCUAUGUACAAGCGAGUGGGCUGGAAACGAAGGCUCCUGCCACCGCACUGCGACUGGACACCGUCGUUAGAGUGCUUUCCGGUCAAUCUGCUGCAAGGGACGCUCCCAAAACGACCACUGGGGCGGAUGUACUACACCGUCCCGAUGGGUGGUAUCGAGCUGCAAAAGUACCACUACCCGGACAACUGGUGGAAGGACGUUAAAGUACUGAACUGUAAUUUAAUCUAGGCGA